UUAUCUCUGCGUCAUAAGCCUGUAUCAUACCCAACUCUUCAUCACAUAAAGCACUAUCUCUCUCUCUCCAAAACGGUUAUUGCAACCUCUCUGGUUUAAAUUUUGUGGUUCAGUUUCAGCCAUGUCUACCGCCGCAGCACAGCCCAAGACUAAGAAAACGGCUGCGUCCAAGAAGCCUCCUUCUCACCCCACCUUCGCCGAGAUGAUAACGGAUGCGAUUUCGAGUUUGAAAGAGAGAACUGGUUCAAGCCAAUAUGCGAUAACGAAGUUCAUCGAAGAGAAGCACAGGAAUCUUCCACCAACCUUCCGGAAGCUUCUUCUCCACAACCUCAAGAAAUCCGUCGCUGCUGGAAAGCUCGUGAAAGUGAAGAAUUCAUUCAAACUUGCGCCGAAAGCUGCUUCUCCUCCCGCUCCAGUGAAGGCUCCAGCGAAGGCUUCUUCUGCUGCCGCCGCCAAGCCUAAAGCCGCGGCGGCUUCCAAGCCUGGUCCUAAGCCUGUGUCCAAACCUAAAGCCAAACCAGCUGCCAUUACGAAGAAGGCCGCUGCCAAACCUAAAGCCAAAUCUGCUCCUGCUUCUGCAAAGCCGAAGCGGAAGCCAAAAGCGAAUGCUCCGGCGAAGAAGGUUGCUGCCAAGCCGGUGAAGAAGAUGCCAGUUAAAAAGCCGAAAAGCGUGAAGUCUCCAGCGAAGAAAGCAGCGGCGAAGAAGACUAAGAAGUGAAGGUGAAAAUGGGGCUUGGUUUGUUAGGGAUAGUUAAAUAUUUUUCUCGCUUUUUUUUUUUAUUUUUUUAAUGUUUUGUUGUCGUUAAUUGUUAGUAUAGAUAUAAUGGUAGGGGAAGGUUAUUGAUGUAAAUUCGUUUGGUUAGAUGAAUGUAACAAGGACUUGUUUUCUGCA